AUGUUUAAGCAACGAAACCAAAAUAGCUAUUCAGCAACGGUGGUUGAACCAGGCUUGAGUAAAACGGAGAAGAUGCUCAAAUUCUGCGAAAACUUGGUCUUCCGGCUAGACAAUGAAAGUCAUUCGAAGCUUGGGCAACCUGGCAGUAUCCCAGCCCUCGUGCAACCUUCAGGUGGCACGGUAGUUAGGCGCCGAAAGGGUGCAACAGCUGAACGAUGGCCGUCACUCAUUCAAUUCUCCUUGAGUCUGCGUUAUUCUUCCUGA